CAAAUUUCUAAUGGAAGAUAAGAAAGAGUCUUCUCAUCAUACCAAGAGCAAGAAAGAAUCCUCCGACAAAGCGAAGAGCAAGAAGAUGAAUAGCAGUUCGUCUUCCUCUUCCUCUAGUUCGAAGAGUAAGCACAAAAACUCUAGGAAGUAUUCUGACAAGCCUCGCAAGGAAUACCCCAUGUAUUCUCAUGGUUAUGCAUUAAAAUCCCCAAGAAUUCAGAGUAAUAAUUACAAAAAUCCUGUGUCCUUAGCUAUGGACGUCAACUUUGGCUUGGAUAACGUUAUUAAGGAUAUUAAUAAACUUACCAGAGGAAGCUUUCAUUAUCCUGUAAGCACUCAUGUAACUCCUGGAUACUUGAGAAACUACUCAAGUGUGAAGAAACUUCCUUGCAAUUCUAUUGAUAACAAGAAGUCCAAGUUAAAUACUUUUGAUUACCACCAACAGACAAUACAUAACCCUCACCAAUAUGAUAAAGUCUCAGAUUAUGGGAAUGAAAGUGAAAGGACCCCUAUAUCAUUCCAUGGCAAGAAUAGGCGGAAAAAAAAUAGGAAUAAUACCAUGGAUAAUCCUCAAAAUCAUACCUUCCACUCAGGUCAAGGAUUUCCUGGAAUGCCAUACAUAGUACCUGCUCAGGCUCCUUAUCCAAUGCAGCAAUUCCAUCCUAAUCCAGGGUUAAUAGUCGAUCCUCAUCAAAUGCAUGCUGAAUUGAUGAAACUUCAACAAGAAAAAGAUCAAAAAUAAAGAAUUCAAAGAAAUUUAUGAAUUUGUUAAAAAGAAAGAGAAAAGUAAAUACAAGGCUAAGAUGGACAAAAUAAUUUAAAAAACUCCAUAAAGCGAAUAAAUCAGUUGAAGAAGCUAAGGCUAAACCUCAGCAGAGAACUGUUAAACUUCAGACCAAAAAGUCUGUGGGAUAUGUUAAUCGAGGCCUUGAUCCAAUCAUUCCUCCUCAAGAUGACAAAGAGAUUAGCGCACAACCAGAAUUCAGGGAAGAGUCUAUUGAGAAAGCAGUCUCUGAAAAACUUGAUGAAAUAGAACAAAGAGCCAAACAACAGCAUCGGAGUAAAAAGCCAUAUAGGAGAAUUUAUUUUAGACCACAAGGGACUUUUGCUAAAAAUGUUCCUCAAAGCAAGCCGUUAAGAGACAUAACUAACAAAUAUCAAAGAGACCCAGCUAAAGGGAAUAUAAGAAUAUAUGCGGAUACUAGAGGUCAAAGAACCCCAAUAGAGCGUAGAUCUAUGCUUAAAAAGCAUGAGAGAGCUCCUGUUUACGAAAGAGAGAAAAGAAUAGACAUGGUAUCUCACAAUGAAAUCAAUUCAGCAGUGAAUACCCUCAUGUGAUAA